CCAUUAUAUUAUAGCUAUUUUGUAUUAUCGUAAAUUGUCAUGUUUCAUUCGUACAUGCGGAUUUUUCGUCCGCGGAUGAUCGUUUUGAAAAAAAUAUUUCGGAAUUUCUCGCGACCUUCUUCUAUUAGUGUUUAUUUGAAAAAAGAUCAUACCGAACCGUUUUCGUUGUUAAAUAGAAAAAUUGAACGUUUAAAAAAAAAUUAUAAUUUGUGGUGGGUUAUACUGUAAAUGAUUUGUGUAACUAUAGACUACAUAUACUCCACAUUACAAUGUGAGGCAGUUUUCCACAAAAAUGAGUGAAGACACUUCUUUAUUUACUUUACCGAACAAUCAACCGGUAACUGCUUUAGAAUGUGAAACUGCAUUUAACGCUCUGACAACAAAAGAGAAAUUGUAUGCACAUUACUUAAGUCAAGCUGCAUGGAAUGGGGGACUUAUUGUGUUCAUACAAACUUCUCCUGAAUCACCAUUGAUAUUUGCACUUUUACAUAAAAUUUUUAUAUCUGAAAGUAUUGAUGAGUUGAAAAAAUCUGCAAUAGAUGCUGGUGUCACCGAAGAUGAAUUUACAGCUUUUCUAGUAUAUAGUUGUGGAAUAUUUGCAAAUUCCGGUAAUUAUAAGUCUUUUGGUGAUAGUAAAAUAAUUCCCAAAUUGCCUAAAGACAAAUUUGGAACCAUAGUAAAAGUUUCUAAAGCAUAUAAAGAUAAUUCUAAAACCAUUGAUGACAUUUGGAAUAAAAUCGGAGAUAUUACCUACCUGAUAAGAGGAAAAUUGAAAUCUUUAGGGCUAGGUGACAAAGGUGUAACUACUUAUUUCUCUGAAAAUUGUACAGAUAAAGAUGCUGAAUUGGUCAAUGAAUUUAUGCAAGAAAAAGGAUUGGAAUCGUAUAAUGCAAGAUGUUUUAAAACAGUAACUUCAGACAACAUGAAUUUGUAUGAAGUCAGAUUAGCUUCUGCAAAAACUGAUACAGAUCCUAAGAUUACAUUAUCAGAGGAAAUUUUUAAAAAUAAUAAAUUUAAGAUUACAAGGGGGGAUUAUAGCAAACUGUUAAAUGCAGUUAUUGAUAAUCUAGAGAAAGCAACAGAAUAUGCUGCAAACGAAACUGAGAAAAAUAUGUUGAAUAAGUACAUAGAUCACUUUAAAACAGGAUCCUUACAGGAUCAUAAAGAUGGUUCUCGAUUCUGGAUCAAAGAUAAAGGACCAGUUAUAGAAACUUACAUUGGGUUUAUUGAAACUUACAGAGAUCCUGCUGGCCAAAGAGGAGAAUUUGAAGGAUUUGUAGCAAUGGUAAAUAAAGAAAUGUCUGAGAAAUUUGCUUCCUUAGUGAUCAAUGCAGAAAAGUUUAUACCAAAACUUCCUUGGGGUACAGAUUUUGAAAAGGAUGAAUUUCUAAGACCUGACUUUACAUCCUUAGAUGUUUUAACAUUUUCUGGAUCUGGAAUUCCUGCUGGAAUAAAUAUUCCAAACUAUGAUGAAAUUAGACAAUCAGAGGGAUUUAAAAAUGUAUCUCUUGGAAAUGUAAUUCCUGCAAAUAUGAAGCUAGAAGUGAUACCAUUUUUAUCUGAGGGUGAUCAAACUCUGAUGAAUACCUACAGAAUUACCAGUUUUGAAGUACAAGUGGGUUUACACGAACUGCUUGGUCACGGAACUGGUAAAUUAUUAAGACAAUUAGGACCUGACUCAUAUAAUUUUGAUAAAGGAAAUGUAAAAAAUCCUUUAACUGGAGAAGUAAUAAAUAAAUUUUUCUUACCGGGUGAAACAUAUGAUUCGAAAUUUGGUCCAAUGGGAUCAUCUUACGAAGAAUGUAGAGCAGAAGCUGUUGGAUUAUACCUAUCCUUAGAGAAAGAUGUUCUGAGUAUAUUUGGACAUGAAGGGUCUAAAGCAGAUGACGUAAUAUAUGUGAAUUGGUUAUCACUUUUGUGGAAUGGUUGUGCAAAAGCUUUAGAAAUGUAUCAACCAUCUACUAAAAAGUGGCUGCAAGCUCAUUCUCAAGCUAGAUAUGUUUUACUUAGAGUAUGCAUAGAAGCUGGUGAUAAUUUUGUUAAUGUAAUUGAAUCUGAGCCGGGUAAAAAUUUAUUAUUAACCGUAGAUAGGUCUAAGAUUCAGACUGUUGGAAAAAAAGCAAUUGGAAAUUUCUUAACGAAAUUACAAAUUUACAAAAGCACGGGCGAUCUUGAAGCAGCUAAAGAAAUGUAUGAAAAAUAUAGUGAAGUACCUGACACAGGACUUCAUCCAUGGGCACGUUGGAGAGAUAUAGUUCUUGCCCAUAAAGAACCCCGCAAAAUAUUUGUACAAUCAAACACAUUUGUAAACGGUUCUAAUGGAGUAGAGUUGAAGAAUUAUGAACCUACUUUUGUUGGAUUGAUACAGUCUUGGAUGGAAAGAUUCCCCUCCCCAGAAACUUCACAAACUCUUAUUGAACUUUGGGAGAAAGAUAAAGAACAUUUUACAAUUGAAACUAAUUAAUUCAGUUAUUAAUAAUAUUACUUACUGUUACAUUAUCGUUUAUACUACAUGUGCUAUAAUAAUAUGUGUAUAUAUGUAUAAACAACAUACAUACACUUUACAAAGAUUAGCUAUAGUUUCUUUUUUCAAUACUUUGGAGUAAUUUUGUAAAAAAAAUAAAUUUUACAUUUAAUUAUC